GUGCUCCUCAUGACGGUCCACUCCGGCGGCACGGGCCUCAACAUCACGCGCGCGAACCACGUCGUCUUCCUCGACCGCUGGUUCAACCCGCAGGUCCACUUCCAGGCCCAGGCGCGCUGCCACCGCAUCGGCCAGGACAAGGAGGUCGACGUGUCCUUCUUCGACGCGACGUGCACGCUCGACGAGGUCAUGGCCGAGAUCAACAAGCUCAAGGAGGGCAACGCGGACGUCGUCCUCGCG